AUGCCUCCAAAGGCAACAAAGAAAACCGACCCUAAGGGAGGUAAGGCCCCUCCAAGCAAGAAGAAAGAGGGAUCCGGAGGAAAGGCCAAGAAGAAGAAGUGGUCCAAGGGAAAAGUCAGAGAUAAGCUCAACAACAUGGUUCUGUUCGAUCAGGCGACGUACGACAAGCUUUAUAAGGAGGUAUGA